GAGUCGGAGCCAGAGCCGCAGCGAGCGAGCGAGCGCGGAGUCCGGCCGCGCCGGCACCGAGCGGCCCCGGGCCAGGGGGUCAAGUGCGGGGGUGGGGUGGGGUGUAGCGCCGGCCCGACCAUGAACGCCAAAAAGAAAGGGAGCCCCGCGCGGACUCAUUCCAUGAUGUCCCUGUCGGUGCGGCCGCAGCGCCGCCUGCUCAGCGCCCGGGUCAGUAGGAGCCAGUCGUUCGCGGGCGUGCUCAGCAGCCAGGAGCGGGGACCCAGGAGCUUCCCGGCCUUCAGUCCUCCGGGGCCUCCGCGGAAGACCCCGGCUCUCUCCCGCAUGUCCAGGAUGUUUUCCGUGGCGCACCCCACCCCCAAGCUCCCGCAGCCGGAGCGCUUGGACCUGGUGUACGCCGCGCUCAAGCAGGGUCUGACGGCCUAUUUGGAAGUGCACCAGCAAGAGCAGGAGAAGCUCCAGGGGCAGAUAAAGGAGUCCAAAAGGAACUCCCGCCUGGGCUUCCUGUAUGAUUUGGACAAGCAAGUCAAGUCCAUUGAACGCUUCCUGCGGCGGCUGGAGUUCCAUGCCAGCAAGAUCGACGAGCUGUACGAGGCCUACUGUGUCCAGAGGCGUCUCCGGGAUGGUGCCUACAACAUGGUCCGUGCCUACAGCACUGGGUCACCGGGGAGCCGAGAGGCCCGAGACAGCCUGGCUGAGGCCACACGGGGUCAUCGCGAAUACACUGAGAGUAUGUGUUUGCUGGAGAGUGAGCUGGAGGCACAGCUGGGAGAGUUCCAUCUCCGGAUGAAAGGGCUGGCUGGCUUUGCCAGGCUGUGUGUGGGAGAUCAGUAUGAGAUCUGCAUGAAAUACGGGCGUCAGCGGUGGAAACUCCGGGGCCGCAUUGAGAGCAGUGGAAAGCAGGUGUGGGACAGUGAGGAAACGGUCUUUCUUCCCCUGCUCACGGAAUUCCUCUCCAUCAAGGUGACAGAGCUGAAGGGCCUCGCCAACCACGUGGUUGUGGGCAGCGUCUCCUGCGAGACCAAGGACCUGUUCGCCGCCCUGCCCCAGGUGGUGGCGGUGGACAUCAAUGACCUCGGCACCAUCAAGCUCAGCCUAGAAGUCACCUGGAGUCCCUUCGAUAAAGAUGAUCAGCCCUCAGCCGCCUCGACAGUCAACAAGGCCUCGACAGUCACCAAGCGCUUCUCCACCUACAGCCAGAGCCCGCCAGACACGCCCUCUCUUCGGGAGCAGGCCUUCUAUAAUAUGCUGAGGCGGCAGGAGGAGCUGGAGAAUGGGACAGCCUGGUCCCUGUCCUCUGAAUCUUCAGAUGACUCAUCUAGCCCACAGCUCUCAGGCACUGCCCGCCACUCCUCAGCCCCCCGGCCUCUGGUGCAGCAACCUGAGCCCCUGCCCAUCCAAGUUGCCUUCCGUAGGCCUCAGACUUCCACCCCCGGGCCUGCGGAUGGGAUGGGGGCCAUCGCCCCAGCCCUGGCCAAUGGGCACACCUACUCUGGGGUGUGCCGGACUCUGAGCCAUAUUAGUGAGGCCAGUGUGGACGCUGCCUUAGCUGAGGCUUCGGUGGAGGAUGGGGGCCUAGAUACCUUAGCUCGUGAACCUGGCCGGCUGGCACACGCAGAUGCCACUCGUGGAGAGCAUCCCGGUCCUAUCCCUUCCGCUCAGGACCUGGGCCGUUCUGCCACGAGCCCCACUUUGAGUAACACUGCCCGCGUAGACUCCGUUCACAGAGACACAGAUUCCAGCUCUUCUGAGCAGCCGGGUGCUACCACUACCAACCCCACCUAUAGUGCCCCAACCCUGGCCCACAGUGCGCUGAGCUUCACUCAAACGACCACAGGUUCUACCCACAAGCCAGGGGGAUCUCCAACCUCAGGUCCGACCCCCAGUACCACAGGUGCAGCCCCUACCACCACAAGCCCGAGCUACUCUGUCACAAACCUGACACACACUGUCACAAGUCCCACAGAGAAGCCCACACUACCCUCUCCUCUCACUACGGCAGACUCUGCCCCUGGUGCCACAGACCCAGCCCAGCCCACCUCAGGCCUCACCUACACCACUGCCAGCCCCACCCACACUACUGCAAGCCCCGCCUACACUACUGCAAACUCCGUCCACACUACUGCAAGCCCCACCCACACUACUGAGAGCUCCACCCCUAGUGCUGCAAGCCCCACCCGCACGACUGCAAGCCUCACCCCCACGACUGCAAGUUCUCAAAAAGCCAGUAUGUCAACAACUCGCACCACUACAAGUCCUACCCCCAUUUCUAACGACCCAGCCCAGGCCACCCAGAAUCCCGUCCACAAUGUGACGAGUCCUCGUGUUACCAGUAUAAGCCCUUCCACAUCUGCAGACCUUGCCAGGCUCCCCAGCCCCUCCUCACACACAGACCGCAUCCUCCCAGACACCGACUCCCUGUCCUGUACCCCCCCAGCCUCUACCCCCAGCACCCAGGCAGACCCUUUAGCCUCCACCACUUCCUGCUCGAGUCCUGCAUGUUCCAGUCAGGAAUCCCUUCCACACCCUUCUCCAGACACCCCAGAACCUGUCCAUCAGAGCCCAAGUCUCCCCCCCUCGCCCCAAACCCCUGUGGCCCAGCAUUCAGACCUCGGCCUGCCCGUGGCUGCGCAGGUCCCACCCACGGGAGCUGCUGUGGGGACUGGGGACAGAAAGCUUGAGGAAGCUCUGGGGGCCCUAAUGGGCGCCUUGGAUGACUACCGUGGCCAGUUUCCCGAGCUGCAGGGCCUGGAGCAGGAGGUGACCCGGCUGGAGAGUCUGCUGAUGCAGAGACAAGGCGUGACUCGCAGCCGGGCCUCCAGCCUUAGCAUCACCGUGGAGCACGCCCUGGAGAGCUUUAGCUUCCUCCAUGAGGAUGAAGAUGAAGACAACGUUGGCCCCGGGGAGAGGCCCCCAAACAGCCUGGAGCCUGGGGCGGAGGACAACUCAGACUCACCCAGUGCCCGGCCCCUCAGCACAGAGUGCCCAUCCCUGGACGCUGCCCUGGUGCAGCACCUGUACCACUGCAGUCGCCUCCUGCUGAAACUGGGCACAUUUGGACCCCUGCGCUGCCAGGAGGCAUGGGCCCUGGAGCGGCUGCUUCGGGAGGCCCGAGUACUUGAGGCGGUGUGCGAGCUUAGCAGGCAAUGGGGAACCCCUUCCACCUCUGCCCAGGAAGUGGUGCAGUUCUCGGCCUCUCGGCCUGGCUUCCUGACCUUCUGGGACCAGUGCACAGAGGGACUCAGUCUCUUCAUCUGCCCUGUGGAGCGCGUGCUUCUCACCUUCUGCAAUCAGUACGGUGCCCGGCUCGCCCUGCGCCAGCCAGGCUUAGCUGAGGCUGUCUGUGUCAGGUUCCUGGAGGAUGCCCUGGGGCAGAAGCUGCCUAGGAGGCCGAGGCCAGGUGCUGGCGAGCAGCUCACCCUCUUCCAGUUCUGGAGCUACGUUGAAACCUUGGACAGCCCCUCCAUGGAGGCUUAUGUGACCGAGAUGGCCGAGGAGGUGUUACUGGUGAGGAACCUGAACUCUGAUGACCAGGCCGUUGUGCUGAAGGCGCUCAGGCUGGCCCCAGAGGGGCGACUGCAGAAGGACGGGCUUCGGGCCCUCAGCUCCCUGCUCGUCCACGGCAACAACAAGGUCAUGGCUGCAGUCAGCACCCAGCUCCGGAGCCUGGCACUGGGCGCUGCCUUCCGGGAAAGAGCCUUGCUGUGCUUCCUGGACCAGCUCGAGGAUGCAGACAUACAAACCAGAGUGGCCGGCUGCCUGGCCCUGGGCUGCAUCAAGGCUCCAGAGGGCAUCGAGCCCCUCGUGUACUUGUGCCAGACGGACACAGAAGCAGUGAGGGAGGCGGCCCGGCAGAGUCUGCAGCAGUGUGGAGAAGAGGGACAGUCUGCCCACCGACGGCUGGAGGAGUCGCUGGACGCCCUGCCCCGCAUCUUCGGGCCCGGCAGCAUGGCCAGCACUGCAUUCUGAGCCCCACAGGCCUGCAGGGCUCCCGGGCGCUGGCAGGGCGGGUGAGGGCUGGCUCCGGACACCCCCCCCCUUCCUACAAAUGAAAAGCUAAUAUAUUCUUCCGUUGCCCCUGGGGUUGGUAGAGUCAGUGCCAGCAGUCAAGUGCCUCCGAGCCUCGGCUCAGCACACUUGCCACAGAUCAGUGUCCCGGGCCCGGCCACCUGCCUCUGCCCUGUCAUGUCCCUUGGUUUGUAUUUUAUUUACAGAGUUUUACAGAAAAUAAAUUAAAAAAAAAAAAAAAGCAAAUCGCCUUUCCUAAA